UCGAGCUUUGGCAGAGCAGAGAUGAGCAGGGCGGAGACCGGCGGGCUACAAUUGACUUGCGAUGGCGCGCGCCGACUGAUUUAAGAACGCAAAGUGCCGCCCCCGCGCGCCAUCGAUGCGGCGUCGGCUGAGCACCUCAGUGGAAGCACCAUAAAGGAGGCUGCCCCAGGAUGGCACGCUGGCUGCUCCUCGCCCUCGCCACGACAACAAGCGCCACGACGCGCCUCACGCGCCCCGCCGCGAAGCAGGCCUUCUUCGUCCUGAAGCGGGGGCACUCCGGCUCGACGUGGCUCUCGGCGCUGCUCCUGAACCUACCUCUAACCUACUUCUUCGACGAGCUGGUGGGAGCCUCGGCCAACUUCGACGCCAAGAAGCUCGAGGCCAUCUUCGUCCAAGCGCUCCGGGCGCCGUCGGGCCGCGGUAGUUCGCCCGCGUGGUCGAAGUCGUCGGGCGACCCCGCCGUCCAAAGGUGCUGGAAGAACCGCGCCACGUGCCAACUGAACGCCAUCGGGUUUUCAUUCUCUCCGCUGUUGGGAAAUCGAAGAAGGCUAAGGCCGGGCAUCGCCAGUACGCUGCAAGGUGUUAUAACAAAAACGCGCGCGAAACCGAUCCUCUUCCUGCGGACGAACGUCGUCAAAUUAUCGAGAGCGGUCAACGGCGACAAGACCGCUCUCAGAAUAGCUGGGGUCCAUCGGCAAUUGUUGCGACAUCGAACACCUCACCGGGGCAACUGGUCUUUGCCUUUGUUCGUGAAGAGCGUCAACGACGCGAUCCGGCGCAAUAAUGACCUGCUCGGGAUCCGAAGCAAAGUUCAUGCGGAGUGGCUUGUGGUCUACUACGAGCGGCUCCAGACCGACACGGCCGACGUCAUGGAUUCUAUUAGACGAUUGUUGGUCAUGCCGCGCAUGGAUUCAAAAGUCUUAGCUCGCGCUCCGGGCAAGAAGACGACUUCUGAUGACUUGCGCGACGUCGUGUUUAAUUUCAACGAGCUCGAGGCCGCGCUCGAAGGGCGGUACCAUAACCCGUGCGUGUUGAAGAUGCUGCGCGAGGUGACGCCGACGGUCCACCCCGUGUGUGACGUGCUCGCGUAAUGUGGGUUG